CGUAACGUACGAAGAUUUAUCUACAAGUUUGAAUCACUCCAAAAAUUUAAAAUUCAGUGUUCACCAUUUUUUAUUUUUCUCCACAAACCCAAUCUUUCUACAAUGGUUCUCUUCUUCUCCACUCGUUUUCUCUUCUUCUCCAUCUUCUUCCCUUGCCUCAUCUCUAUCACUCUCUACCAACUCGACUCAUUCGAGCCAGCUUCACUUCCCGCGGACUCACUCAUCACCUCUCCCACUUCAAUCCCGCCACUUCUCAACGACAGAUUUCUCACCGGAGCUGAGUUUAUCGGCGUCGGUCUUCUCAAUAACCCCGAGGAUAUCGCCUACCAUAAGGACUCUAAUCUCAUCUAUACUGGUUGUGUUGAUGGAUGGGUGAAACGAGUCAGUGUUCACGACUCAGCUAAUGACUCAAUCGUAGAGGAUUGGGUCAAUACCGGUGGUAGACCUCUCGGUAUCGCUUUUGGACUUCACGGCGAAGUCAUUGUCGCCGACGCAAACAAGGGAUUGUUGAGUAUAAGCGAUGGCGGGAAGAAGACGGAAUUGUUGACGGAUGAAGCAGACGGUGUUAGAUUUAAGCUGACGGAUGCAGUUACCGUUGCUGAUAACGGCGUUUUGUAUUUCACAGAUGCUUCUUCGAAAUACGAUUUCUAUCAAUUUAUCUUUGAUUUCUUGGAAGGCAAACCACACGGUCGUGUCAUGAGCUUUGAUCCUACCACACGUGCCACACGUGUUCUUCUCAAAGACCUCUACUUCGCUAAUGGCAUAUCAAUGUCCCCUGAUCAAACACAUUUCGUCUUCUGCGAAACCAUCAUGAGAAGAUGCAGUAAGUAUUAUAUUAGUGAGGAGCGUGUUGAGGUAUUUAUUCAGGGCUUACCAGGUUAUCCAGAUAACAUUCGGUACGACGGAGAUGGACAUUACUGGAUUGCAUUGAUUUCGGAAGUAACAACGUCAUGGAAACUCUCGAUGAAAUACCUUUUCUUGAGGAAACUCAUAUACAUGGCGGCUAAGUAUGGCGUGGAACUACUGUCUAUAAAGAAUGCAGCCGUUUUGCAAGUGGAUUUGGAUGGGAAUCCUAUCGCAAUGUACCAUGAUCAUCCAUUCUCUCACAUAACAAGCGGAGUCAAGAUUGGGAACCAUCUCUAUUUUGGGAGCCUCUUGCAUUCCUACAUUACUAGACUCGAUCUUUUAAAGUAUCCCGCACAAAAGAAGCUUUAAACAUCAAGUUUAGGAGUAUUCACUGUCACAAAAUGUAAAGUCUUCGUCCCUGGCACAUCAUCAUGUCCUUUUGUCUUCGUCCCUGGCACAUCAUGUACGGUUGUUGUAAGGUCGAGUUUUGGUGUUAAGGUGUUGUUAGUUUAUAAUCUUUGUGAAUAUGGUUAGCUUCUUGGUGCAUUGCAAGGUUAGGUGAGGUGAAUAGAGGUGGCGAAUAGGUUUUAGUGGUUUCACUUUUCGUUGAGCUAGUGUAUUAGUCCAUGUUUGCUCGUUCGUUUUGCGUUAGUUUUCGGAGAAGCUAUAAGCUUCUAUCUGGAGGUUUUGUGGACGGUGUUGUUCUCGGAAAACUAAAGUAUAGCAGAAGAUUGCAAAAUACUUCGAUGGUUUAUUGAUAUGAAUUGCAUGCCUUUAAAUAGCCAUGACUACAAAGACUACGUCGUUCACAACUAAACAAUGAGAAACUUGCGGAAGUAAGCUAAAGACUAGGACCACUAUAACAACUACUACUCGACUCUUAAAGACCAUGAGUUUAUUCAAACAUGAGAACAACUUAACGACUUAUUCAAAACCCAACAGACGGAGAGUAAUGCUUGUGACAACUCAGAUGAGGAUUCCAGUGCUUCGGUAUUGCGGCAACAGCGUACUUUUCCGAGCUUCGCGGAUUCGGUGUUUCUCCUCCUAACUUGGUCUUGAUCACUCAGCCGCGAUCUUUUGUACUUAGAGUUAUAGUGUUGUUCUUUAAUUUUCUGUAGAUUGCUUCUCUCUCCUUCUAUUCUUCUUUGUCAAAAAUAAAAAUGGUAUAAAACUUCAUCUUUUACCCAAAAAAAAUAAAUGUAAAGUCGUGUACAGUGA